UUCGAGCAGAGAAAAACGCCGAAUUGCAUUAUGGGAGAAGCACACGAUCUGAUGACGUAGUACUCACGGAAGUGUAUGAGAGAGCAGACAGAAACUUAGAAAGCCUAUCUUGUCUUUAUACUGCGAAAAAGAUGCGAGUGAUAAAAUUGGACCGACACCCAACUGUUCCGCGGUAGUAUCAACAUAUCAACUACUCCAAACGAUGUACACGAGAUUCAAAAUGGAGAAAUACAUGCCCACGUCGUCGUGCUAGUAUCGAAUAGAUGCCAUCGGGACCAAACUUUUCAAGUUUCAUAGAUAGAACAUCCAGAGAUACUGAAGCUAGUCUGCACAAAGAGCUUGACUAAGUAAUGAAGGUUCCAGCCCAAAGCUUGAUACAGGCCCUGAUAAAUGCCUCCGAGAAGGGAGCCCUCAUAGCCCGAGUAAUAAGAGCCGAGUCAGCACUUCUUGAGCUUCUGGUUCAGGAAAAGAAAGGGGAUCAGAAAAAUUAUCGAUUUGUUCAAGAUUUUAAGACACUGGCAGAUGUUUUAGUGCAAGAGACUGUUAGGCAUGAUCUUAGUGAACAGUUCCCGGGCAUUGGAGAGAAUAUACAUGGGGAAGAAAGCAACAAGUUUACCAAUGUUUUAGGGGAGUCCAUUUCUGUCAAAAUAAUGAAGGACCAAGAGGCCACUGCUCAGCUGCUAUGCUCUGUAUUAGAUGACAAUAUGGCUGCUGCUAGCAUGCUUGCCAGAGUUGCCCACGAACAGGUGAUGAUGGAUGCUGGGCCAAAACUGGAGGAUGUUUCUGUAGAGUUAGAUCUGGAAGACCUGGGAGUUUGGAUAGAUCCUAUUGAUUCGACAGCUCAGUACAUCAGUGGUGAAUGUGGAGUUCCUAAUACUUCUGGUUUAGUUUCCUGUGGGCUGCAGUGUGUGGUUGUAUUGCUGGGGGUUUACAGUCAGUCCUCAGGCCUCCCUCUCAUUGGAGUUUGUAACCGACCAUUUGUAGAAACCAACGGAGACAAAUGGACAGGUCAUUUGAUGUGGGGUGUUGCUUUGAAUGACUGCAAAGUAUUCUCCCUUCCUUAUGAGAAAACCAACAACAACAAACAAAACCUGGCUGUCCUGAUGAGUCAAAGUGAAAAAACUGAUGUUCAGAAAAAAUUCCGAGCUUCUUGUUCGGUUGACCAUGUUGCAGGAGCAGGAUACAAGCUUCUUUGUGUAAAUCAGGGUCUUGCAGAUGCUUAUGUUCUAUCUAAAAACAGUACUUAUAUGUGGGACUGUUGUGCACCACAUGCAAUCCUUCUUGCCCAAAAAGGGGGAGUGAUUAGUUACAAGAGUUUGUGUGACUUCAAUGAUGAUCCAUCAUCUUGUUCAGAGUUAAGCUUGACACAUCAGAUUACUUAUCAUUAUGACAACACUCAUGGCACAGAGUCACAGAAAUGGUGCAACCAAGAGGGUAUUGUAGCAUAUAGCUCAUUAGAGGCAUUGAAAGCUGUCAUUCUGGCAAACAGACAUAUAUGAUAUCAUUGUUUGGUAGUAAUUAAUUGCUUAUCACCUGUUACAAGAGCCAACGAGACCAGUAAAAUGUUAUUUUAGGAUUGUGUGAGAAUAUUCUGACUGAAAUAUUGUUUUACUCCCCCUGCCCCUGCACAGAAUUUUUUUUUUCUGAAGAAGUUAAUUCCUUGACAAUUGUUCAACUUAGCCCAUUGUGAUGUUGGUAGAUCCAUUAGUAGAAUAUUUACCUACCUUAAGGAGGUAUACUACAUCGUCAUAAUGGUCGACUUCUUAUUAAUAAAUACCUUAAAACAUAAAUGGAAAUAUAAUUAUCAGCAACAUUUCAAUUUGAUUACCUUCCAUAGUGGCUCAGUAGGUUUUUGUGUCAACUGCAGAACUGUGGAUCGCAGGUUCGAGUCCAGCAGUGGUUUUUAAUUUUUGUUUAGAUUAAUUUCUACCAAAACUGCAUUGUUUGACUAAUUAAAGUUAAUUUAAAGUUUUCAAUUUCAAAACAUUCUUGUACACAUCCUUCACUUUUCAUCCAUAUAUAUUUCUCUGUUGUAGUAUUCCUCCUUAAUUGUUCUAGAGAUCAAAAUGUGAGUCAUCAAGGGAAAACAAGCAAUGUUUUAAAGGUGAUAAAGCUUAAAUGUAAGAGGUGUAGUUCUUAGAAUGCAGACUGUUGCAACAGUUGCUAUGAUGUUUAGUCGCUGUUGUGUAAUAUACACAUGUGAUACUUAACCCAUCUUAAUUUAUAUAUUGUACUAGUCAUUUUUUUGAUGUGGCAUUAUAAACACAGAUCUUGCUGUAAGUGGAACAAAAUGCACCAAUCAAUCUGCAAAAGACUGUAUUCACAGUACAGCAGUGCACCAUCAGUCACGAUUACCAACAGUUCCAAAGCAAUUUAUUUCUUCAGUAAUCUUCUUAGUGUAUAAAGAUGUUAUGCGCAAAGAUGCUCCAUUCAGAAAACUAAAGGUCAUCUUUGCUAACUUAUUUGAAUACUACGACAUGGUUACUGGCAGUAGAAUGUUGUAUUUUGCACUGUUGUAAAGUGUGACAUUCUUUACUACCUAUCCUAUCUCCACCUCAGUAAAGGAACUUUUAAUAAAUGUGAUUGACAGGUGUAAAAAACUGUAUUGUGAUUUGUUUUGUAUUUCUUUUUCAAUCAUUUUGAUCUGUAAACCUCCACAAGUCAAAACAUUUCUUAUGUGGGCUAAUGAUUAAGAUACGUAAUGUAGUAUACCAACAAAACCUGAACCAAUAUCUACGAUGUAAUACAGCCAUGUCUUUUUCUGAUGCUUAGAUAUUUGACUGUUUUAUUUUGAAGUCUUAAGUGCUUUACAAUCAGCAUUCAUUAUAUCAUUGUAGGAUGAUGCAAUGUACAGACUGAAAUGUGUGAAUGAAAAAUUAUCUUUUCUAUUCCUCUUUUAAUGUCUAGAGAUGCUUGUGCAAGGAAUUUAUGAACAAUUCAGUUUUCUUCAGAUAUACUGUUAUAUACAUAUAUACCUGUACAUAUAAUUGCAAUUUAGCUUCUCAUCACCCCCUCUUUCUGAAGUGCCCCAUAGCCCAUAGAAAUUAGAUUAAUCAGAUUGGGAUGUAAAAUAAUUGACCUGUAGUUGUUGUUCAGUGGUCAUUGUUGGAUUGAUACACUUAAGUCAUAUUAAUUUCACAGAAUUAUCAUAAUAUUGGAGGCACUUUGAAAUGGUUUGGUAUGCAGAUACAGUGCAUAUGUGUACAUCAUACUUUUUGGUAUUUGUUCCAGUAGCAAUUUUAAAUGCACAUUAAAAUGUUGUUCUUGAGUUA